UCUUAUAUACGUAACACAUAUAACAUGUUUAUGUUGCGGUUCGAAAAAAUCGUGGAAUGUCGACUAGUGAGUUUUCUAAGAAGAAAUCAUGUGUGGACAAAGAAUAGAGUUGUGAAAUCGCCUUACUGUGAUAUUGAAAUACCAAAUAUUACGGUGUCCGAAUAUAUUUUAAGUAAUGUACACAAGUGGGAGAACAAAACUGCCGUGGUGUGCGGAGUUACCGACAGGCACUACACAUAUGGCCAGCUGUACAAACAUUCACGGACAUUAGGUGCUCACUUGAGACGAAAUUUCAAAUUACAAAAUGGCGACGCUGUUGCAGUAAUGAUGCCGAAUUUGCCGGAGUACCCUAUCACGAUCCUCGGCAUUUUAUCAGCUGGGGGUGUAGUUACAACUCUGAACCCAGUAUAUACAUCGUAUGAAAUACAAAGACAAAUAGUUAUGUCAGAUAAUAAACUUAUAUUCACAAUCCCAGAAGCAGUUCCCGUUAUUCAAGAGGCUUUGUGUCUGGCAAAGAAAAACAUUCCUAUUAUUGUCAUAGAUGUGGAAAACAACCGGCAAGACGGCACAAUUUCGUAUAAAGAAAUAAUUAAUAAUACAAACGUAGAUUUAAGCAUUCUUAAAGAGGUUAAAAGGGACACAGAUGAUGUCUCUUUUCUGCUAUACUCCAGCGGAACUACGGGGUUGCCUAAAGGCGUGGAAUUAACCAAUAGGAAUAUCGUUGCGAAUUGUAAGCAGCAGGAUACAGAAUUUAGAAUGUAUGACUUUACUACUGAAACAAAUCAAGACACUGUACUGGCAAUCCUACCAAUGUACCAUUCAUAUGGUUUGAGUGUGGUCACCCUUCACAAGUUGGCAGUUGGGUUGAAAUUGGUGACAAUACCAAAAUUCAAACCUGAAACUUUCGUCAAGGCACUGGAAAAACAUAGCAUUGCUUCGUUUUAUUUGGCUCCACCACUGAUGCUUUUCCUGAGUUCGUACCCUGGAGUGAAGGCAAAGCAUAUGGAUCGUUGUCAAUCUGUCACUAUUGGAGCUGCACCAUUACCCAAAGCUGAUAUUGAGGCGUUUCUUAAAAAAGUUGAGAGAGAUGUUCACGUUGGACAAGCGUAUGGAUUAACCGAAACAAGUCCAAUUGCAACAUUAGCACCUCUUGGCUUCAAGAACUAUACAUCUGUUGGUUAUGCUGUACCAAACGUCGAGCUUCGGAUAAUUGAUAGAGAAUCAAAUAAUUUAGGACCUAAUGAGGUUGGAGAAUUACUUAUCAAAGGGCCUAACGUUAUGAAAGGAUACAAAAAUAACCCAGAAGCCAACAAGCAGGUGUUCGUUGAAGAUGGCUGGUUCCGAAGUGGUGAUUUGGCCAGUAUUUCUGACGAUGGAGUAGUAACCAUUGCUGAUAGGUUAAAGGAGCUGAUCAAGGUCAACGCAUUCCAGGUCCCUCCAGCUGAACUAGAAAGUGUUUUGAAAGAACAUCCAGAUGUCUUCGACGCAGCAGUUGUACCUAUACCAGACCCCAUCACGGGGCAGAAGCCAAAAGCCUUUGUGGUGUUGAAAGAAAACAAACACACGAGUGAUAAUGAAAUCCUAGAAUUUGUUAGUAAAAGAGUUGCGCCGUACAAGCGAAUUAAGGAAAUUGCGUUUCUUAACGAAAUACCCAAGAACCCGUCGGGAAAGAUUUUGAGAAGGACACUUGUUGAAAAAUAUUGUUAGUAGACUUACCUGUAUUCAUAAAAGUAUAAUACGCAUUAUAAUACCUUAUGAAUUGCUUCCGUGCCACUCUAAAUUCUACAUGACAAUAAUAUUAAGUUUUCAAAUAUGACAAUUACAGUUUAGAAGACUUCAAAAGAAAACAAAUUGUUCAUACCUUCUAUACUGUUUCUUUUGUAUUGUUCGGUUCAUUGUCCGACGUCGAGGUAGUAGUCCCACGUCGUCCCACAACUUUUUUUUCCGCGUAUCACCACUAUCUGGAGUUGGAAACCCACUGAAGUUUUUCCGAAGCUUUGUCAUAUGAGCGUUUCCAACCAUGGCCAUAAUAGACAAGAUUAUAUUGAAGUUAUUUCUGUUUACUGAUGACUUCAUAUCAAUCAAUAACCUUUUGUCAUAUUGUUUACGCACAUGUUUCAAUAAAAGAGCGUAACAGUUCUUAAAAGGCCCGUAACGCACUCGUGAGCCCUCUGGCAGUUUACAAAGAGAAAUAACUGUAUUAAAUACAAUGUCAAUCAAUACAGUUUAACUAUAAAAUAUUUUUAAUAGUUCCUGCAAUUUAGGUAUAGCUUUUGCUGGUUUUAUGUAAGUUUUUAAAAAUACGUACACUGGACUAGUCUGUUGUAGAGCAAGUUAUUAGUACAAUAUGUUUUAUUUAACACAAACUUCUUGACUUAAAUAAAACUAGAAGACGGCAUUUAUUGCCGUUUGGGUACUUCUAGAUUUUAUCAAAGUUCACAUAU